AUGGAUUGUGUGCUGUUACACGGAGAGGCUGAGGGCUAUAUUCAAAACCUGGAGAGAUUUCCAAUGAGAGAUGUUGGCAGCCCAAGGUGGUCCCGUCAGCACGAAUACAUUGAGAAAUUAAACAUGCAAGCCAUCCUGAACGCCAGUGCCAAUCAAGACGAGUUCGUGAAAGAACUUUUUGUGUCUCUGGGAAAGAUACCGACGCUGGUGCAUGAGAUGAUCCUUAUUGAAGUUUGGAAGCAGAAGGUAUUUCCCGUCCUCUGUCGGCUCGAGGACUUUAACCCGAAAAGCACCCUGCCCUUAUACAUGGUGAUUCACCAUGAAGCUACGGUCAUCAACCUUUUAGAGACAAUCAUGUUCCACAAGGACGCGUGUGAAGCCGCUGAGGAUGCCGUGUUAGACCUAGUGGAUUACUGCCACCGGAAACUCACGCUGUUAGCAGGUCAAGCCGCCCGCGGAGAGAUCCAGAAACAGGACCGGAUCACGCACACCGACAGUUCACACAUGACAUCUGUACAGGAGCUGCAGAGGCAGAAGACCAUGAUGGAGUUUGAUAUCUCUCUAAAGGCUCUGUCUGUGCUACGCUACAUCACUGACUGUGUGGAGAGUCUGAGUGUAAGUGUGCUGACUCGGUUGCUAUGCACUCAUAACCUGCCCUGUGUGUUGGUCCAGCUGGUGGAGCACAGUCCAUGGAGCUGUUAUACUGGAGGUAAACUUGAGAAGUACGUGGAUGGUAAAUGGCGGGAGAUACCCCCAGAGGACAGAGUGAAGAUGACUAAACAUGAGGGCCAGGUCUGGAUCGCUCUGCUCAACCUGCUGCUUAAAGCAGAGUGUCAGAGAAAGUACGACUUCAACAACUUCAACAAGAACCAGCUCCUGAAGCUGCGAGGUUUUCUGACUGAGGUUGUAAUCGACCAGUUGCCAAACUUAAGCGAUCUCCAGCGUUUUCUCAGUCACCUGUCUGUAACGGACCCCGCCCCUCCUAAAAAAGAUCUCAUCUUAGAACAGGUGCCAGAGAUUUGGAGUGACAUCAUGAAGGAGAACUGUGGGAAAUGGAAGGCCAUUGCCAAGUAUCAGGUGAAGGAGGCAUUCGACCCCUCAGAGAACGACCUAAGAGAACAGGCCAACAGGUUGGCUCAGACGUAUAAUCUGGAUUUGAUGGAGAAUCUGAUUCCAGACAAACCUAAGUGUGGAUGCUGUGGUUCUGAGGGAUGGAAACGGUGCUCACGUUGUAAAGCAGAGUGGUACUGUAACAGAGAGUGCCAGGUCAAACACUGGCCGAAACACAAGGCGGCCUGCCAGCUGAUGGCAGACACCAGAGACAUGCCACACAACAACCCCAACAUCAGCGCCUGA